AUGGGUGUCAUAAGGAAGAACACAGCCUCGAGAGGGGGAGAUGGCGGGACCAAGUACCACUGCGACGUCUGUUCCAUCGACAUAACCUCCACUGUCCGUAUAUCUUGCGCCAACCCCGCGUGUCGCGACUACGAUCUGUGUGUGCCAUGCUUUGCGCGUGGCGAACACUCCAAGAACCAUGAUCCUCGCACUCACGAAUACCAUGUGGUCGAACAAAACUCCAUCCCCAUUUAUACGGAAGACUGGGGCGCCGAUGAAGAACUGCUUCUGCUGGAGGGCUCAGAGAGAUAUGGUCUCGGAUCCUGGGCUGAUGUAGCAGAGCAUAUUGGCGGGUACCGGGAAAAGGAUGAAGUCCGCGACCACUACAUUGAUACAUACAUCAACAGUUCCUUAUUCCCCUUACCGGAAUUGGCCGAUCCAACCGAUACGAGGCUGUUUGAGAGAAUCCCCAAAGAUCAAUUCCAGGCUCGGAAGAAACGACGCAUCGAAGAGCGGAAAGAGGCAGCCAAAUCCGCGCCGCCGGCCACGCCCAAGCAAAAGCCCACUGCCAGUGUACCCGCCUGUCACGAAGUGCAAGGCUUCAUGCCCGGACGUCUGGAGUUUGAAACCGAGUUUGCCAACGAUGCUGAAGAAGCCGUCCAACACAUGUCCUUUGAACCUGGUGACGGCAUUGACCCAGUCACAGGUGAAAUGGACGAGGAGACGGCACUCAAGAUGACGGUAUUCGACAUCUACAACUCCAGAUUGAAGGCUCGGACGGAACGCAAACGAAUCAUUUUCGAGCACAAUCUACUUGAUUAUAAGAAGAAUCAAUUGAUCGACAAGAAGAGGACUAAAGAAGAAAAGGACUUACUGCACAAGGCCAAGCCUUUCGCUCGUAUGAUGAAUCAUGAAGAUUUCGAGGCGUUCAACCGAGAUCUUCUGCUUGAGCACAACUUACGGAUUGCCAUUGCACAACUACAGGAAUGGAGGCAGAUGGGUAUCAGCGACCUGAAGGGUGGCGAAAAGUACGAGGCCGACAAGCUGGCCCGCGCACAGCGAAACCAACCGCAAGGGCAGUUCGACCGGAUGCCACAGAUCCCUAAAAAGGGCAGUCAACUGCAGCAAUCGGAACUCCCUACCGAGGCAUCGAAACUGACCACGCCUGAGCUCCCGCUGCGCUUCCAACGAAAGCCCAAAACUGUUCCUCAGUUUGUGGACAGCCAACCGGUUGUCGAGAACGACUUCGAUAAGCUCUUUGCCGAGACGACCGGCCCCGACAGUUCAUCGGGCCCCAAGCCUAAGGUGCGCUACGUGGUACAACCAUUGAAUGGGAUCACACCCUGGAAACUGGAAGACGACAAAACUCUGGCCCCGGAUCUACAACUCCUCAGCGAGGAAGAAAUCCAACUCUGCAACGUGCUUCACAUUCGUCCCAAACCAUAUCUGGCGCUCAAAGAAGGUCUUCUGAAGGAAGCGAUGAAGCAGGGUGGACACAUGAAGAAGAAAGAAGCCCGAGGAGUUUGCAGGAUUGAUGUCAAUAAAGCCAAUCGCAUAUUUGACUUCAUGAUCCACAGCGGAUGGAUUGCGAAAGCAUGA